AUGGCUUCGGCCUUCAGCGUAUACAAUGGCGCCCCCAAAAGCUCGCCCUUCACGGUCACGGCGCUCAGUCGAUGGUCCAUUCUGACGAAGCAGCUCCCACCCGUCGACAAGAUCAAAACGCUCCAUGUCUACGACUUCGACAACACACUGUUCAGAACUCCCAUGCCGAAUCCCUCCCUGUGGACUGGACCGACGAUUGGAUUGCUUGCGACCCAGGAAGCCUUUACCAACGGCGGAUGGUGGCAUGACAACCGCAUCCUCGCAGCCACGGGCGAUGGCGCCGAACAGGAAGAGAAGAGAGCCUGGGAAGGUUGGUGGAACGAAAAGGUCGCCGACCUUGUCAGGCUGAGCACGAAGCAGCCGGAUGCCCUCUGCGUGCUGCUGACCGGCCGCUCUGAGCAUGGCUUUGGCGAGCUGAUUAAGAAGAUGAUUACAAGCAAAGGACUCGAGUUCGACAUGGUCAGCUUGAAGCCGAGGGUGAGCCCCUCUAACCAGACGUUUCAGAAUACAAUGCACUUCAAGCAGCUGUUCUUCGAGGCCCUCAUGGAGACGUAUUCGCAGGCGACAGAGAUCAAGGUGUACGAGGACCGGCCGAGGCAUACCAAGGGAUUCCGAGACUUCUUCGCCGAGUACAACAGGCGUCAGAUCGUGGCGCCCACGCGAGGACCCAUCACGGCCGAUGUCGUCCAGGUGGUCGACGUCUCUACCCUCCUUGACCCCGUCGUCGAAGUGGCCGAAGUUCAGCACAUGAUCAACCAGCACAACGCUGCCCUGUGCAAGGAGCCUUCGGGCAAGAGCAAGCUCAUGAUCAAGAAGACGGUCUUCUUCACCAGCUACAUGAUUGGCGCCGAGGAUAUCAAGAAGCUCUUGAAGCUUGCCAAAAUCCCUCCCAACAUACCCAACAGCGAUCUCAAGUUCCAUGCCAACAACAUCCUCAUCUGCCCCAGGCCGUGCCCAGCAAGCAUUCUCGAUAAGGUCGGCGGCAUGGGCAGCAAGAUGUUGUGGGAGGUCACCGGAACUGCCUGCUUGGACAAUUCCAUCUGGGCUGCGUGCGUGCGUCCGGUUCCGCAUACGGCCAAGUUUCACACCGACAACCCCGUGCCCCUUGUGGUUCUUGCGCUUAGGAAAGGCGCUCGUCCCAUGGAUGCCGGCAAGAUCAAGGUUUGGCAGCCGUUGCCGGCCGAGGAGCGCUUCACGUUUGAGACGAGUGUUGACGAAAAAGUCAUAUUGCGCAUCGAGGCAGAGGAUCCCACAGAGGAUGAGUAUCAGAGCCUGUUCGCCAACAAGUCCAACAAGCGCAAGCACAACGCGGAUGAAGAGUGUGCGGGUCGGUCGGUGCAGUACACCAACCGAAACGAGACCAGAAGCUUUCAUACCGGCAGGGGACGUGGCAAGGGCGGCAACCCGAAUCGGGGCCAUCGCAACGCUGCCAGGGGCGGACGAGGCGGACGAGGACGCGGCGGCCAUGGCUACCGAUCUCUCGACGACGUCGAUCCCAGGGGCUCUCUUGGCCGGGGUCGCCCAAUGGGCGCACAGCCAUCCAUCGGUGCAGAUUUACAGAGUUACUACUAG